AUGAGAAGAGGACUAAUUGCUGCCGAAUUCAAAUCAGAACUAAUGCUACUAAAGCUAAAGCAACAAUUCGAAGCCACUGAAAGAAUUUACCCAAGAAGAGAGGCAAUUCUCAAAGUCCAAGCAGAAGAAAGUAGUCACUUCUCAAACAUUGAAAACUUCCUAAGGUGA